AUGAGCUCGCCACUCACCCAACUUCCCAACGAGGUCAUUCAGGUCAUUUUGUCAUACUUACCGUAUGACAGCAACACUGCUGUGCAGCAAACCUGCCACCGCCUCGCAGAUGCCGCGCAGGAACCGCUUCUAUGGAAGAAGUACUGCCAGGACUCGUUCAGAUGGUGGGAUCGACGGCAUGAUUUUCCCGCCAAACUCCGAGACGGCUCAUUCGUUGGGUGGAAGGACAUGUUUGCAAAGCGCCGCAGAACGUCCAGGACCACUCGACAGGCUCUUGACAGAAUCAUCUCCGAGGAGCUUGGACGACUUGACUCAAUGAAGAUCAUCUUGGAGGCCGGCUACGACGCCAAAGACGACUUGUUCAACAUGUUUUGGGACGCGCCCCGGUCUCCGAACCAUCUGGCGCAGAAAUACUGGAGUCAUGCAGCUCUAGGCUGUGUACAAAGACUGCUGGCGGUUGAGGAAUGGACAACCAUUAAGGCAGCAGAACACUACCCGGACGCGGUUGAACGAUCGCUAUCUGCUUACGAUAUGUUUAUCCUCGAAGAACGACCCCAAGGGGACAUGUCCGAAAUAUUUGCUCGGCUUGACUCCUACGUCGCUUCCGUUCGGGACGCUUGCCCCAACAUCGACGAACUGUCUCCACGGAAGAAAGCGAGCGUUAUCGCCGAGCAUCUGCUGGAGAACAAAUGGGUAGGUAUCCAGGAUGAUCGACACUACCACAGCCUGGAUCAUAUGUUCCUCGGAGUAUCUGUGUUUAGCACGAACAGAAACUCAAUACCACUUAUUUCGGCAGUCAUCUUCUGCUACGUGGCUCGUCGAUUCGACCUGCGCGCAGAAGCUUGUAGCUACCCUUUCCAUGUCCAUGCGGUCGUGCAGCCUCCGCCAGGAUUCGACCUUGAUGGCCACCCUCUCCCAGAAUCCGCGAGUCAGGAACCAUCCGACUUGACACAUUUAUAUAUGGACCCAUUCCACAACUCGGAACCCAUCUCCCGAUCGAGGUUGGAGACACAGCUCAAAUUCAUUAACCCAGGCGCAACAGCAGCUCAGAGCGUCGCAUACAUGUCGCCGGCGUCUGCCCGGGACCUCUCAGUGCGGACCGCCCACAAUAUCUUAUCCUCGCCGUCUCACGAUCCCGAUCCUCCAUUGCAUCCGAUCAACGCCAAUCUGGCCACCUACGCAGCUUUGUUCUCCCUCGUUAUCCUCGCAUCCCACCCGAUCAGGCACCCCGCCCACUUACGCCAACACCUCGCCGUCCUCACACAGCACUUUCUCGAGUAUUUUGACCUAGACAUCCAUCUGUUCGAAACCCACGUCCUACCACUUACGUACACUCUACCGGACUCGCGUGCUUACCGAAACCUAAUUUCUCAGCUCAAGGAGUCGGAUCACGAGUCACGCCCCGCCAAAUAUCGGUCUGACCCCCGGAAUUCAUUAGUGAAGUACGGGAUAGGACAAGUCUUCACCCACCGUCGUCGAGGCUAUCUGGCCGUGAUUUACGGGUGGGAUCCCUACUGUCGCAUGCAAGAGCAGUGGAUCACCAUGAAUCAAGUCGACCGCUUGCCUAAUGGGAGGCAUCAACCCUUUUAUAAUGUGCUUGUGGAGGACGAGUCGACACGCUACGUGGCAGAGGAGAACGUGAUGCUAUUAUCUGCGAGUGACAUCACAGAGGACCGCAUCAACGCUUUCCCCAUUGAGAUAGGAAAGUGGUUUAAGCGGUAUGACCCAGAGACCGGAACUUUUGUGAGUAACGUGAGGGAUGAGUACCCCGAAGAUUAG